AUGGCGCCAGAGCUGCUGAUGCAGGGCCGCGCCUCGAAGGCCUCGGACGUCUACUCGUACGGCAUCCUGCUGUGGGAGCUGCUCACAGGGCGCCGCGCCUUUGCCGGGCUGCCGGCCCCCCUGCUGUGCAUCAAGGUGGUCCAGGAUCACUGGCGCCCCGCCUGGCCCCAGGGCGUGGCGGGGCCGCUGAGGGCGCUGGCGGAAGCCUGCUGGAGCCCCAGCGCGGGCGCCAGGCCCACCUUUGAUGAAGUGACGUCGUACCUAGAGACCCUCAUGCAGCAGCCCGACCUGCUGACGUCAUCACGGGCCCGGAUGACAUCGUGA